GAAGCCAGGCUGCCAAGCGGAGGCGCUCGCGCACUGUGAGGGGCAGAGGCAGAACGUCCUGGCUGCAGCGCAUCCGCGGAUGCUGUAGCUGGCAGCGCCAGUCCGAGGUACCCACGGGCCACCGUAGCUGGCACGAGUGUGGUGGCAUGCACUUAUUACCCAGGAGCUUGCUGGCUAGGUAACCUGUCAGAAGCUGUGAACUCCAGGCUCAAUGAGGACCUGUCUCCAACAAUAAGGUUGGGAGUUAUAAAGAAAGACAUCCUGCCUCUGUACAUGUACAAGUGGGUAAACAGAAUCCUGUGAAGCCCACUUCUGGUGGUAUAGAACCCCUGGGCUGCUCGGACCACAAGCCUCCUGUUCCCUGACUGCUGGCAACCUGCACUUUAAGCCUCACCUAGUUGCUUUUGUGUGGACGGAAGGAGGCUUCUGCAUCUAUCGCAGCCAUGAACUUCCUCCGGAGGCGUCUAUCUGACAGUAGCUUUGUGACCAACCUGCCCAAUGGCUACAUGCCGGACCUGCAGCGUCCAGAGAGCUCCAGUAGCUCCCCAGCAUCGCCAGCCACAGAGAGGAGGCACCCCCAGCCCCUGGCUGCCUCCUUCUCUUCUCCAGGAUCCAGCCUGUUCAGCUCCUUCUCCAGUGCCAUGAAACAGAGCCCACAGCCCCCCUCGGGGUUAAUGGAGCCACCAACUCCUGUCACACCCGUGGUUCAGAGACCCCGGAUUUUGUUGGUGAUCGAUGAUGCCCACACCGACUGGUCAAAGUAUUUCCAUGGGAAGAAAGUGAAUGGCGACAUUGAGAUCCGAGUGGAGCAGGCUGAGUUCUCUGAGCUGAACCUGGCUGCUUAUGUUACCGGAGGCUGCAUGGUAGACAUGCAAGUUGUGAGAAAUGGCACCAAAAUUGUGAGGUCCUUCAAACCAGACUUCAUCCUGGUCCGACAGCAUGCCUACAGCAUGGCCCUGGCUGAGGACUACCGCAGCCUUGUCAUCGGCCUUCAGUAUGGAGGACUUCCUGCUGUCAACUCUCUCUACUCUGUAUACAACUUCUGCAGCAAGCCCUGGGUGUUCUCUCAGCUCAUUAAGAUCUUCCAUUCUUUGGGUCCUGAGAAGUUUCCACUCGUGGAGCAAACAUUUUUCCCGAACCACAAGCCAAUGCUCACAGCCCCGCAAUUCCCCGUGGUGAUCAAGCUGGGACAUGCCCAUGCUGGCAUGGGAAAGAUCAAAGUAGAAAAUCAGCGUGACUACCAGGACAUCACCAGUGUGGUGGCCAUGGCCAAAACCUAUGCCACCACCGAAGCCUUUAUCGACUCCAAGUAUGACAUUCGCAUACAGAAGAUUGGCUCCAACUACAAGGCAUACAUGAGGACCUCCAUCUCUGGGAACUGGAAGGCCAAUACAGGCUCUGCCAUGCUGGAGCAGGUGGCCAUGACGGAGAGGUACAGGCUAUGGGUGGACAGCUGCUCAGAAAUGUUCGGCGGCCUAGACAUAUGUGCUGUCAAGGCUGUCCACAGCAAGGAUGGCAGAGAUUACAUCAUCGAGGUCAUGGACAGUUCAAUGCCCCUGAUUGGUGAGCAUGUUGAAGAGGACAAGCAGUUAAUGGCCGACCUUGUUGUUUCCAAGAUGAGCCAACUUCUGGUGCCAGGGGGCACGGUUCCCUCUCCCCUGAGACCUUGGGGUCCACAAACUAAACUUGCAAAAUCUCCAGGACAAGGCCAGCUGGGACCUCAACUAGGACAGCCCCAGCCAAGGCCACCUCUACAAGGGGGCCCUCGUCAAGCUCAGUCUCCUCAGCCUCCCAGAUCUCGAAGUCCAUCCCAACAGAGGCUUUCCCCACAAGGCCAACAGCCUGUGAGCCCUCAAUCUGGAUCUCCACAGCAGCAAAGGUCACCAGGCUCUCCACAGCUAGCCCGGGCAUCUGGUGGCAGUUCUCCAAACCAAGCCUCCAAGCCAAGUGCCAGCCUCAGCUCACAUCCCCGGCCACCUGUACAGAGCCGCAGCACUUCCCAACAGGGUGAAGAGCCCCAGAAGUCAGCACCACCUCACCCGCACCUCAACAAAUCUCAGUCCCUGACUAACAGCCUCAACACAUCAGAUGCUUCCCAUCGAGGGACCCCAAGCGAAGAUGAGGCCAAGGCUGAGACCAUCCGCAACCUGAGGAAGUCCUUUGCCAGCCUCUUCUCCGACUAGCCCCUACCCAGGCUGGAGGGCAGGAAGACUCAGUGACUGGGGCCUUCCUGUGGUUCCCUCCUUCUCAGCUUUGGUUCCUGGUGGAAACAUGCUUCCUAGAUGCCUCUGACCCAGGAACUGAUGAUCUAUAUGUAUUCCCACCUCCGUGACCAUGACAUUCCAAUGCCCUCUGACUGAGCAGUAGCCUUGAGAGCCCCUGGGUUCCUCAACACGGGCCUUCUAGACAGACAAGGCAUCACUACUCCCACCAUAUGCUUGCUCCCCUGCCACUGGUACCAUGUAACAUGUCUAUAUGGCUCUUUUUUUUUUUUUGCAUUAUUAGUGUUUUGCUUGCCUUUGAGGCCUUGACUCACCUCCAUCAAAUGCAGACAUUAUAGUCAGACCUCAGCAACACAAGAGGCAAUACUUUUUAAUGAUGUUUUUGCAAACAAAAAUAGGAAAGCCCAGCACAGGAGCCUACUACACACCUAAAGCAAGUUAGUGCUAUUCUUGCUGGGAACAGGCUGAAAAGGCCCCAUCACAGCUGGACCUUAUAGGGACCUUGAUGCCAAAAAAAAAAAAAAA